GCAGCCAUGGAGGUGCCCAACGUCAAGGACUUCCAGUGGAAGCGCCUGGCGCCACUGCCCAGCCGCCGGGUGUACUGCUCCCUGCUGGAGACCGGGGGGCAGGUCUAUGCCAUCGGGGGAUGUGACGACAAUGGCGUCCCCAUGGACUGCUUUGAGGUCUACGCCCCCGAGGCCGACCAGUGGACAGCCCUGCCCCCCCUGCCUACGGCCAGGGCCGGGGUGGCCAUCAUCGCCCUGGGGAAGCGGAUCAUGGUGAUCGGGGGCGUGGGCUCCAACCAGCUGCCCCUGAAGGUCGUGGAGAUGUACAACAUCGAUGAGGGCAAGUGGAAGAAGAGGAGCAUGCUGCGAGAGGCCGCCAUGGGCAUUUCUGUCACGGCCAAAGAUUACCGAGUGUAUGCGGCAGGUGGGAUGGGCCUGGACCUCCGUCCACACAACCACCUCCAGCAUUACGACAUGCUCAAGGACAUGUGGGUAUCUCUGGCACCAAUGCCCACCCCGAGAUACGCUGCCACCUCCUUCCUCCGAGGCUCCAAGAUCUAUGUGCUGGGGGGACGACAGUCCAAGUAUGCGGUCAAUGCCUUCGAGGUCUUUGACAUCGAGACUCGCUCCUGGACCAAGUUCCCCAGCAUCCCCUGUAAGCGGGCCUUCUCCAGCUUCGUGACCCUGGACGACCGCUUGUACAGCCUGGGAGGCCUGCGGCAGGGUCGGCUCUACCGGCAACCCAAGUUCCUGCGCACGAUGGACGUGUUCGACAUGGAGCAGGGAGGGUGGCUGAAAAUGGAGCGCUCAUUCUUCCUCAAGAAGCGGCGUGCAGACUUUGUGGCCGGGUCCCUGAGUGGACGGGUCGUGGUGGCCGGAGGACUUGGGAACCAACCCACUGUGCUGGAGACGGCAGAGGCGUUCCACCCAGGGAAGAACAAAUGGGAGGUCCUGCCCGCCAUGCCCACGCCCCGCUGUGCCUGCUCCAGCAUUGUCAUCAAGAACUGCCUCCUGGCCGUGGGGGGCGUCAACCAGGGCUUGAGCGACGCAGUGGAAGCCCUGUGUGUCUCUGACUCCUAGCUGCCCCUCGCCUUCGCCCGGAAUGCGGCCACCCCCCUCUUGACGUGAGGAAGUGGCCUGGGCUCCUUCCCGGGUGCUAGCGCUGUCAGCAGAGGGUGGAGCCCCGCCCCAGCGUUUUAGGUGAUCUCUCUCUGCCUCCGAACCCGACCAGCCCCGGGAAGCUGUAAGGAGCCCCGAUGAUCCCACCAGCCCCUGUUGGAGUCAAGAGAUCUCUGGGCAGAGUCCUCACUGCUGCCCGGGCAGCGGAGACGCAGGGCAGCUACCUCCCCUCUGUGGGCACCGCCUGCCUGUCCCGGGGUAGGAGGCGGGCAGGCAGUUCGGAAGCAGAAGAUGAGCAGCCGUUGCUGUCCUCUCCCAGCUCAGAACCAGUUGAGGGUCUCUUAGGAUGGACAAUGGGGACAGGUUGGUGUGGGGGGGUCCCAAACCUCUCCCCUCUCCCUCGGUCUGCAUCCUCUUGUCUGGUGGUCAGCUGUGGCCAGCCCUGGACCGCAUGUACUGCGCAAGCGCCCGCCUGGAGCUAGAGGCAGCCACGGGGAGGAAGGCAGGCUUGCCUGCACGGGCCGGGUCAGCAGCCUCGGCCAGGACGGAACCUCCCGUCAGGGUCCUUGAAGGGAAUGUGGCAAGAAGGAUGGUGCCUACUCCCAGCCCGGGUCUGCUCCUUCCUCUCCUCGCUCCAGUUCUCCCUCCGCCACUGCUCCCCACCUGAGGCCUGGCCCUCCUGUCACCGACAGCCCCAGAGUUUCUGUGUGAAACCUUCUCAUCUACACUGUGGCAUCCAAAUCCUCAAAGGCUGGAUUCAUUGCACUCCGGUUCACAGCAGCAGCACAAUGAUUAAAAUCUAUAUUCCUAUCUCCUCUGGCAUGCUGGUGCGGGGUGGAUGGGUGGAUGGGUAGAGGGCACCCUGUGCAACAUCUCUGGCGUUCUGGGGCUAACGUGGGCCCCCGGGCCCCAUUGGCUCUCAGCUGUUCCCUCUGAGGAGGUUCCACCUCUAAACUAUCACCCCACGCUCACACCAGUCGCCUCCCUCCCAGUCAGCAGCCAGUUUCCCUUCUCUCGGCUCUGCGGCUCCCAGCAUGGUGUAAGGAAAGGCUGUGCUGGCAACUGACAUCAGGUUACUUGGGUGUCACCUCAGGCCAUUCAGCUGAAGUGAAGAGAGUGGAGAGAGCCAUGUGGAGAGAGCCAUGGCUCCCUGGCUAAAGAGCUUGAAAAGCAUGCCUCCCGUUAGCUCACACGGCACCUCUUUCUGAUGGCCAGUUAGUUUUUUAAAGCCUUGCUGGCACUGAGGUCUCAGAGAUGAUGACAGAGCAUGCCCGGAGGAGUUGUGGAGGAGUCAGUGUGGAGGAGCAAGACCACUGGUCCAGAUCUGGGGGUCAGGGAGCCUCCCAGAGGCGGUGCCACCACCAACGAUCCUUCAGGGACAAGCCGGAUCUGGGUGUUUGCAGCCUAGGGGUUUCUCCCUCUCUGGAUGCCUGAGCUUUUCUUAGCAGCCCCCCAGGGCACCGCCACCUGCUGGCGGUCAUGCCUCCCCGUGGGGAGCAGCCUGUGGCCAUAGGCGCCACCUGGUGAGCAGACUGCAGAGGAGCCUUCUCUAGUGCUUCUGGACCCCCUAUUUCUGUUCAGCUCCCUGAAGGGACUUAGAAAAAAGGGCCGAGGGAACUGGAGACAGAGGGGUGGAACAGCACCUCAGGGGCGCCAUUGCAUGGUCCAGCCCUGCUCCUCCUCUUUUGCUUCCAUUUCUGCACUGCUGCCUCCCACCCCCUCCAAGAGAAGUGUUUAUAAAAGGGGUACCUCCAGCCUUUCCAAAGAGGAAAGCAAGUCAUUGGACCGAGGCGUUUUAAGAGGUCAGAACCUUAGGGGAACAACCAGCCCGAGGCUCUUCCCUGAUGGGAACAAGCCAUUAACGACAAGAACCUGCUCUGACCGCUCAGGGCUGGAACUGGUAGCUGCUGAGAAAGCACCUCUUGGAAGCCCAUUCUGAGGAGACUUUGGGGUCCCCACUGAAGAGCCAGGGAAGUAGGGAAUAUGGGGUUGUACCUUAUGCCAUGGAGGCAGCCUGGGACCUGGGGUGGGAAGACCUGGUUCUAGGCCCUACUCCCUCCCUCUCCAGGAGAGUCACUG